CGCCCAACCCGCCCGCUGUCCGUGAAGAACUUUGCACCGCCUCCCACGACACCAUCACUGUCCACUGGAUCUCUGAUGAUGAGUUCAGCGUCGGCUCAUAUGAGCUCCAGUAUACCAUCUUCACCGGCCAGGCCAACUUUAUCAGUCUCUACAAUUCUAUGGACAGCUGGAUGAUUGUCCCCAACAUCAAGCAGAACCAUUAUACGGUGCACGGGUUGCAAAGUGGCACACGAUACAUCUUCCUCGUCAAGGCGAUCAAUCAGGCUGGCAGCCGAAACAGUGAGCCUGCCAGACUGAAGACUAACAGCCAGCCGUUCAAGUUGGACCCUAAAAUGGCUCAUAAGAAGUUGAAGAUCUCCAAUGAUGGACUUCAGAUGGAGAAAGACGAAAGCUCCUUGAAAAAGAGUCACACCCCCGAGAGGUUCAGUGGAACAGGCUGCUAUGGGGUCACAGGGAAUGUGUUCAUUGACAGUGGAUGCCAUUAUUGGGAGGUAACCCUAGGAACCUCCACCUGGUACGCCAUCGGCAUUGCUUACAAAUCAGCCCCUAAGAACGAGUGGGUCGGCAAGAACUCCUCCUCUUGGGUUUUCUCCCGCUGCAACAACAGCUUUGUAGUGCGGCAUAACAACAAGGAGAUGCUCCUUGACGUUCAGCCCCAGAUGAAGCGCUUGGGCGUCCUCCUGGACUAUGACAACAACGUCUUCUCCUUCUACGAUCCUGCCAACUCGCUCCACCUCCAUACAUUUGAGAUUGCUUUCAUCCUGCCUGUCUGCCCUACUUUUACCAUUUGGAACAAAUCAUUAAUGGUCAUCACGGGUCUCCCUGCUCCAGACUUUAUAGACUACCCGGAACAGCAGGAAUGCAACUGCCGGCCUCAAGAGUCUCCCUAUGUAUCAGGAAUGAAAACCUGCCAUUGAGGACUCAAGAAGUCCCUGUCUUUCCAGCCAAGCCUCUGGAGCAAACUGUGCAACCAGAUGGGGGCAAUGACCUCAUGUGUGUUUUGGAGGCAGUUGGCAGCCUGCAAGCCUCCCUCUUACUGAAAGUCCACCGCUCGUGGUGCAUCCCUCGUGGCGCAUCCGGUGCGGGUGGCAUUUCAUGGACCGGAUUUUUAAAACUUUAUUUUUUUUUUGAUAGCACUACUGAAUUGUCUCCAAUGGAGUUGGCAUGUCUUGUUUGUUCCUGACAAGAGGAAGGGUACCAUGGCAGGGUAUGGAGAGGGGUCGUGCCAUCUCAGCUGCAUGGGAAUCCAAAGCGCAACAUGGGUUUGGUUUUGUAAACAGACAGAGGAGUCUGAGGGGAGGGAGGGAGGGACCCACCGGGUCUCUAAGAUGUCAUUUGGGGAGAAUUGGAACCCAACGAAAUUGGAACCCAAGCCAUUGCCUAGAAAAUACAGGUCCGGGUGCUCUAUUGACCGAUAACAAUCAUACAUGGGGGAGAUGGGGGGGCAACAUGAAUUUAGUACUCUGCAAAUGUUCCUCUUGCACAUUAACAGACAUAUGACCAAGGGAGUUAGCCCAUUUGUAAUGGCCCUUUCCCAAAGCCCCAUCCCCAGAUUUUGUCAUCAGCCAUAUUCCUUCCAAAUCAUAUACCCUGUUUCCCCGAAAAUAAGACCUCCCCGGAUAAUAAGCCCAAUUGGGCUUUUGAGCACAUGUGCUAA